UCCCUUCCAUUUGCGUAAAUCCAUUUUUUUUUGGUCCUCCUGAAGCUGGUUGGAAUGUUGGGAAAUGUCUGUCGCUCUUCUCAGAGGUUGUAGCCCUGGCUCCAUGCUGAAGAGGAAGUGAGGAGGAGGAGGAGGAGGACCCUCUCACAGUUGCUGCUUGACAUCUUUCUUAGGGGAUCCAUGUUGCCUCAUUGCACCCACUUCCCAGUGGACUCUCAGCAUGUCCUGGUUUAGUGGCAUCCUGGUGCCCAAGGUGGAUGAGCGGAAAACUGCUUGGGGGGAACGCAAUGGACCCAAGCGCCAUCGCCCCACACUUUGCGGCCCACGCUACAUGAGCUGCCUACAAGACCCGGAACUGGAGCGAGGAGGCAGUGGAGGACUGGGGCUGAACUGUUCGUGGCAAGAGGACCAUUAUGGCAAGAAGCAGGCACAGCCACUCCCUCUUCCAUCUAGUACUGGGACAGGAGAUUUGGGACUCAAAGCGGUGGACCUGGGCUUUGAGGAAGGUGGUGGAGCGGGUGAGGCCAAGGGAUUCUCGACCGGCGAUUGUGGCCGGCGCCUCCUGCAGGUGUUCCGCUCCAAGCGCUUCCGCUCAGCCAAGCUGGAGCGCCUCUAUCAGCGCUACUUCUUCCAGAUGAACCAGAGUUCAUUGACGGUGCUCAUGGGAGUCUUGGUGCUGGCUUGUGGCAUCAUGUUGUUGUUCCACUGUGCGCCUGGCAGGCCCCGCGUGCCCUAUGCUGCUGCCCUGGCCGUGGCAGCUGCCCUCUUCCUCUCCCUCAUGGUCCUCUGCAAUCGGACUGGCUUCCACCAGGACUGCAUGUGGGCGGUGAGUUACCUGGUCAUUGGAGCGCUGUGUGGGGUGCAGGCACUGGGCACCCUCUUGGCUUCUCCACGCAGCGCCUCCGAAGGGGUCUGGUGGAGCAUCUUCUUCAUCUACAUCAUCUACACUCUCUUGCCCGUGCGGAUGCGAGCAGCGGUGCUGGCAGGAGCCGUGCUCUCUGUGCUUCACCUGGUAAUCUCUUGGCAUCAAAACAAGGCGGAUUCCUUCCUUUGGAAGCAGCUUGGUGCCAACAUUUUGAUCUUCCUCUGUACCAAUAUCAUUGGCAUCUGCACCCACUAUCCUGCUGAGGUGUCGCAGCGUCAGGCCUUCCAGGAGACCCGAGGCUACAUUCAGGCGCGGCUGCACCUGCAGCGUGAAAACCGUCAACAGGAGCGACUCCUGCUGUCUGUACUGCCUCAGCAUGUUGCCAUGGAGAUGAAGGAGGACAUCAACACCAAGAAGGAGGAUAUGAUGUUCCACAAGAUCUACAUCCAGAAACAUGACAACGUCAGCAUCCUGUUUGCUGACAUAGAGGGUUUCACUAGCUUGGCCUCCCAAUGUACAGCGCAGGAACUGGUCAUGACCUUGAAUGAGCUCUUUGCCCGUUUUGACAAGUUGGCCGCGGAGAAUCAUUGCUUGCGCAUCAAGAUCCUUGGGGAUUGCUACUACUGUGUCUCGGGGCUCCCAGAACCACGGGCGGACCAUGCCCAUUGCUGCGUUGAGAUGGGCGUUGACAUGAUCGAGGCCAUUUCGCUGGUGAGAGAGGUGACAGGCGUGAAUGUGAACAUGCGCGUUGGGAUCCACAGCGGCCGUGUACACUGCGGCGUCCUUGGGCUGCGCAAGUGGCAGUUUGAUGUCUGGUCCAAUGACGUCACCCUGGCCAACCACAUGGAGGCUGGUGGCAAAGCUGGGCGGAUCCACAUUACACGGGCUACUUUACUGUACCUGAACGAGGACUAUGAAGUAGAGCCAGGCCAUGGGGGCGAGCGCAACGCUUACCUUAAGGAGCACAACAUCGAGACCUUCUUCAUUGUCGGCUGCAGCCAAAAACGAAAAGAGGAGAAAGCUAUCCUGGCCAAGCUGCAAAGGGCCCAGGCAAAUUCUACAGAGGGGCUGGUGCCUCGAUGGGUGCCCGAGCGCUCGUUCCCUCGGACAAAGGACUCCAAGGCCUUCCGACAGAUGGGCAUUGAUGAUUCCAGCAAGGACAACCGAAGCACACAGGAAUCUUUGAACCCUGAAGAUGAGGUAGAUGAGUUUCUGGCCCGAGCGAUUGAUGCGCGAAGCAUUGACCAGUUGCGCAAGGAUCAUGUCAAGCGCUUCCUGCUCACUUUCCAGAAGCCAGAAUUGGAGAAGAAGUAUUCCAAGAAAGUGGACACCCGCUUUGGAGGCUAUGUGGCUUGCACCGUGCUUGUCUUCUGCUUCAUUUGCUGCAUCCAGGUUGUCAUCUUCCCACACUCUCCUCUGAUGCUUGGUGCCUACAUCAGCAUUUUCAUCAUCCUGGCCACCAUCCUUUUUGUCUGCGCUAUCUAUUCCUGCCUUGGCCCCUUUCCAGCUGCUUUGCAGCGUCUCUCUCGCAAGAUCAUCCAGUCCCGAAUCAACAGCACCAUCACCGGCGUUGCUGCCAUCCUGCUUGUCUUUAUCUCUGCCUUUAUCAACAUGUUUGCUUGCAGCCGGCUCUGGCUCCGAGACUGCGUUGCCGGAUUUCUCAACGUUACUCCAGCCGCCGUGGGGUCCUGCGAGCUUCAUACCCUCAACUACUCGUUGGCGUCAGAUACUCAGCCUUGCCAGGGAAAUGGAAUUUCUAGUUGCGACUUCCCUGAGUACUUCACCUAUUCGGUGCUGCUGAGUCUUCUGGCCUCCUCCGUCUUCCUCCACAUCAGCAGCCUUGGGAAGCUGGCCUUGUUGGUGGUGAUGGAGGCCGUGUACCUGGCGCUGGCAGAGGGCACCCACGGGAUGUUGUUUGACAACUAUGACUUGCUCGUGGUUGCUAAUAUCUUGCCCACCUUAAAUGAGACCUACAGCAGUCAAGACUGCCAUGAAGAGGAAAAAAUGGCCCUGCGUUACAUGACGCCCAUCAUCCUGCUGCUUUUUGCUUUGGCCCUCUAUCUGCAUGCCCAGCAGGUGGAGUCUACAGCCCGUCUAGACUUCCUCUGGAAGCAGCAGGCUACAGGCGAGAAGGAGGAAAUGGAAGAGCUGCAGGCCUAUAAUCGGCGGCUGCUGCAUAAUAUCUUGCCUAAAGAUGUGGCUGCGCAUUUCCUUGCCCGUGAGCGGCUCAACGAUGAGUUAUACCACCAGUCCUGCGAAUGCGUCGCUGUCAUGUUUGCUUCAAUUAGCAACUUCUCCGAGUUCUAUGUGGAGUUAGAAGCCAACAAUGAGGGUGUCGAAUGUCUGCGGCUGCUCAAUGAGAUCAUUGCUGACUUUGAUGAGAUCAUCAGCGAUGAACCCUUCAGACAGUUGGAGAAGAUCAAGACUAUUGGCAGUACUUACAUGGCAGCAUCAGGACUGAAUGACAGCACCUAUGACCGCGAAGGUCGCUCCCACAUUACCGCACUCGCAGACUAUGCUAUGCGACUCAUGGAACAGAUGAAAUACAUCAAUGAACAUUCUUUCAACAACUUCCAAAUGAAGAUUGGGCUAAAUAUUGGGCCAGUGGUGGCUGGAGUAAUUGGAGCUCGAAAACCACAGUAUGACAUCUGGGGCAACACUGUGAAUGUCUCAAGCCGAAUGGACAGUACCGGUGUCCCGGACCGCAUUCAGGUGACAACCGACCUCUACCAAGUAUUGGCAGCCAAAGGUUAUCAACUGGAAUGUCGCGGGGUUAUCAAGGUCAAAGGCAAAGGCGAGAUGACCACCUAUUUCCUGAACGGCGGCCCCUCCAGUUAGCGAGAGCCUUCUGCCACCAAAGGACCUCUGAAGCUGGGCUUAGGCACCAUGGGGUUGAUUGGUUCUCUCUCUCUGUCUCUUUGUCUCUCUCUCUCCCUCUCUCUCUCCCCUCUGGAUUUCAUUCACACCCUGCUAAAAGGGAAUACCCUCUCCUUGAAACCUCCUGAAAUGAGAUCCUCAGUCAUGUUGAAAAAAAGAGGAGGGCCAUUUUACCCCAUCAGAGACUUUAUUUUUAAUUUAUUGGGAGCAAAGCCUAAUCUUGGAGUGUCCUCUUUUGGGCCCAUAUGGGUGCUACUCUGGAAUAAGGGAAGCAAAUUCUUCACUGCAAACCUUCUGCCUCUUUGAGGAUUGGCCAGAGAACCUGGCAAGGGGGAAAUGGCAGCCAGGCUGAAAGGCCCACCUGUUUUAUGUUUUUGGUUCCACAAAUCUGGCAUGUGCUUUCAUCAGGUGUGUGUGUAUUGGUGGGGGAGGCUAUUCCCCAUCUCCAGCACUGUCUGUUUUGGAGAGGGACCCUUUGCCAGGACAUUCAGAAAGUGCAGCCGCCGCACUGUUCUUAGUACGGAAAUGACUCGUUCCCUGAAGCAUUUUUUAUUCUUUUCAUCCCUCAGCGACAGCCACUCUUGUCGAUCUGUCCUUCUCUUACCCACAACUCACUGUGAAGUUUGAGAAUGCGUCUUUCCUUUGCGGCAAAGGGGUUGUCUUUUGGGAUACAGUUCUCAUUUGCCAAAUUGCUGCGCUGGUCAAGAACUCAGGGGCAUUGGGACGAGCACGGACUGUCUGCUCCCAAGAAAAGGGCCUUGGGUUAUGUGGGUUUGAUGCCAAAGAGAAGGCAGGGAAUGGCCCUUGUUCCUGCCACCUCCUCUGCUACUGCCUCUUUCGUAUAAACUAGGGAGAGAGGUGUCCUCCCUACCGAGAUCUACUGGACUUUGUUGCCUGUUGUUAGGGGACAGUGGGUUUUUGCGCACACCUUGUUUGCAGCCUCCUUGCAGAAGGGAGAUUCUGAAGAAGAAGAUAUUUUAAGAGGGGCUCUUGCCUGGAAUAGGAAGAAAGAACAAAGUUCUUCCUUCCAGUACAUCCUUGUGGGCCUUUCGCUACUAAGUGCCAAGUCUCCCCCUACUGCUCCUAAUUUCCUCAUGGAUCCCUCUGUCUCCAGAUUCAAAUGGGUGGUCCUUCUGCAUCCCCCCCUUUUAAUUUAUUAUUAUUAUUAUUAUUUUGCCUGGGUGGCCAAAAGGGAAGGGAAUCUACCAUUUUUUUCAAAUUGCAUAUGAAAAGCCACCUUAACUCUCUCACUGUCCCCCCUGCCCAUUCUUAGCUGGGAUAGUUAUUCUAGGUAAGAGUGUUGAACAAUCUAGGCCAGAGCCUGACUUCCUGGUGUGUCUGAGGAAGAAGGUGGAUGGAGAAAGCGGACAAAUCAGCAAAGCCAGAGCAUAGUUUAUGAAUGACUAAGUGCAAGUUGGAGAAAAUUAAGCCUUGGGUGACAGAGAAAAAAACUGGUGUUCUCUUAGUAAAUAUUUUUUUUUAGCAAAUGUGAUGAGUGGGGAUGCAGUCUAUCUUAGCAGGUACUCUUUGGUCCUCCUGAGGCUUUGCCUUUGCAUUGGAGGUGGGCAGAUUUGUGUUUCCAGAUAGCCCAGGGAAUUCUGGGAGUUGUAGUCCAGAAAGAACCUUCCCCCCCACACACACACAUUUGCACAUCUCUGCUUUGGUUUUUUAUUAAAAGAAUUAUUGAUCCUAUAGUGGGAAAAGAGUGUGUGGUAAUAGUGCGCUGGAAGACGUUCUGUUUGAAAAUGACAGGUUCCGGUUGUGUCUUUGGAUGUGGGAACAGCUCCCAGACAGACGGGAGAGGGCAGGUUCCCCACUGAGUGCCACCAGCCUCCCUGAUGUUGCAGGGAUUAGUCCAGCUGUGGCAGCCAUUUUGGAAAUGCUGCAUCCAUGUUUUGACCACCUUUUAUCUUCAAGAGCACCUCUUGGCCAGAUAGGACUCCAAGCACAUCUGCAGGGGUGUCCUCCUGCCGGAGUUUGCUACACUGACUCCACCACUGGCCAAGGACUGUCCCUGCCCUGCCCCCACCCAAGUGGGAUUCCAUCGCUAGAACAAAGAUUCCUGGAGGACAGAGUUCCUUUUGUUCCGCUCUAAUGCUCUCUGCGGCAUCUAAUGGUGAACAUCCAGGCCAGGGGAAGACAAGAGAAGUGUUGUUCAGUCUCUGUUUCUUUAUAGGCAGAUAAAUGAAGGGAAAACAAAAGUGUUUUAAUGCAGAAAAGAAAUAAAUCUAUAUGAAGUUACUUUUUUACAAAAAGAAGAA